AUGUACAAUCUUGAGGAUCCAUCUAUUUUUGAUUUCUUGUUUAAUGUUGAAUGUGGAGAGGGGAAAAUGCCGUCGCACGCAGAUGUAGAUCGGCAGAUAGAGCAAUUGAUGGAGUGCAAACCGUUGACGGAAUCGGAGGUGAAAAAUCUUUGCGAUCAAGCUAGGGCCAUACUUGUAGAGGAAUGGAAUGUCCAGCCGGUGAAAUGUCCUGUUACCGUUUGUGGCGAUAUUCAUGGUCAGUUUUACGAUCUGAUCGAGCUGUUUCGGAUAGGCGGCAAUCCUCCCGAUACCAAUUAUCUCUUCAUGGGGGAUUACGUUGAUCGUGGAUAUUAUUCCGUGGAGACUGUGACGCUCUUGGUGGCUCUAAAAGUUCGUUAUAGAGACAGACUCACAAUUCUCAGAGGAAAUCAUGAGAGUCGACAGAUCACUCAAGUAUAUGGAUUCUACGAUGAAUGUUUAAGAAAGUAUGGAAAUGCAAAUGUAUGGAAGCAUUUCACUGAUCUUUUCGAUUACCUUCCUCUUACAGCACUUAUCGAGAGCCAGGUGUUCUGCUUGCAUGGAGGACUUUCACCAUCUCUUGACACACUAGACAAUAUCCGAGCAUUAGACCGGAUACAAGAGGUUCCACAUGAAGGACCGAUGUGUGAUCUGUUGUGGUCUGAUCCAGAUGACAGAUGUGGGUGGGGGAUAUCGCCACGUGGCGCUGGGUAUACAUUUGGACAAGAUAUCGCGUCUCAGUUUAAUCAUACAAAUGGACUCUCUCUCAUUUCAAGAGCUCAUCAGCUUGUUAUGGAGGGUUUUAACUGGUGCCAGGAAAAGAAUGUGGUGACUGUGUUCAGUGCUCCAAACUACUGUUACAGAUGUGGGAAUAUGGCUGCGAUUCUUGAGAUAGGAGAGCAUAUGGACCAAAACUUUCUCCAAUUUGAUCCAGCACCAAGGCAGAUUGAACCAGAUACCACUCGCAAGACUCCUGAUUAUUUUUUGUAAUCACAAUUCACAUAUUCCUAAUCCAAUUGGGGUUGGGGUUCGGGUUCACCCUGUUUGUAAUCCAAAUCCAAAUCCAAAUCCACCUUGUAGAUGUUUUUUUCCCCUUCAGAAAAACAAGACACCAGUUUUGUUGUUUAUUGUCAUGUUGUUGUUGUUGUUGUUGUUAUGUUGUCUUAACAUCAUCAUUCUUUUGUUUCGAAUUUCCAC